GAGCUUAGAACCAAUCGGAGAGAAGCUUACUGAAGCUCUGAAUUCUCUCAGCCAAUCAGAGCGUGCCUUGUUGAGGAGACACUAGUAUUCACAUAUACAGAGGCCCUUAUGCUGUAAACAGGAGCGAAGAUGCCGCAAACAAAGAAAUCCAGAAUCACCCCAGGCUCGGUCCAAAGUGGAGCCACCGCAGAAGAUGCAAAGCAGGUGUCCCGGGAGGAGUGCCAGGCUGCAGGGGACGGAGGAGGAGGAGAGGACAAUGUUGGAGACAGCGAGAUCAUCAAGUCCCCCAGUGACCCCAAGCAGUACAGAUAUAUUGUGCUAGACAACGGCCUGCGAGCUUUGCUCAUCUCAGACUACAGCAACCAAGUACCGUCCGAAGGCGACGACUCGGAUGAGGACGACGAAGAAGAAGAGGAGGAGGACGAUGAAUCUGGAGAUGAAAUGGAGGAAGAGUUUGAGGAGGAUGACGAGGAGGGGGGCAGUGAUGGAGAAGAGGAUGGCGAUGAGGGGAAGAAGAAGAAAAGAAGUUCAGAGAAGCAGUCUGCAGCAGCUCUGUGUGUUGGAGUGGGAAGCUUCAGCGACCCAAACGACCUCCCUGGCCUCGCUCACUUUCUGGAACACAUGGUGUUCAUGGGCAGUGAGAAGUACCCCUCCGAGAACGGCUUUGAUGCUUUCCUGAAGAAGCACGGUGGGAGCGACAACGCCUCCACCGACUGCGAGAGGACCAUCUUCCAGUUUGACGUCCAGAGGAAAAGCUUCAAAGAGGCUCUUGACAGGUGGGCUCAAUUCUUCAUCUGCCCUCUGAUGAUCCGAGACGCCAUCGACAGGGAGGUGGAGGCCGUGGACAGCGAGUACCAGCUGGCUAAGCCGUCAGACUCCCACAGGAAGGAGAUGCUGUUCGGCAGUUUGGCCAAACCUGGACACCCUAUGGGCAAAUUCUGCUGGGGGAAUGCCCAGACGCUGAAGCAGGAGCCAAAGGAGAAGAAGAUCAAUGUCUAUAAGCGGCUGCGUGCCUUCUGGAAGAAACACUACUCUGCCCACUACAUGACUCUGGCUGUGCAGUCAAAAGAGACGCUGGACACUCUGGAGAAGUGGGUGAGAGAGAUCUUCAGCAAGGUGCCGAACAAUGCUUUGUCCAAGCCAGAUUUCUCUGACAUGCCUGAUCCUUUCGACACAGCAGCCUUCAACAAGCUCUACAGAGUCGUCCCAGUCAGGAAAGUCCAUGCUUUGAAUAUCACCUGGGCGCUCCCCCCUCAGGAGAAAUACUACAGAGUGAAGCCUCUCCACUACAUCUCUUGGCUGAUUGGCCAUGAAGGCACAGGAAGCAUCCUCUCAGUGCUCAGGAAGAAGUGCUGGGCUCUGGAUUUAUAUGGAGGAAACAGUGAAACAGGCUUCGACCAAAACACCACCUACUCCAUCUUCUCCAUCUCCAUCACUCUCACUGAUGAAGGUUUCCAAAACUACUACGAGGUGACUCACCUGGUGUUCCAGUACCUGAAGAUGCUGCAGACACUCGGACCACAGCAAAGAAUAUAUGAGGAGAUUCAGAAGAUUGAAGCCAACGAGUUUCACUACCAGGAGCAGAAUGACCCUAUAGAGUACGUCGAGGACAUCUGUGAGAACUUGCAGGUGUUCCCUAAAGAAGACUUCCUGACCGGAGAUCAGUUGAUGUUCGAGUACGACCCGACAGUGAUCAGUGCAGCGUUGUCCCUCCUCAACCCUGAGAAAGCCAACCUGAUGCUGCUGUCCCCAGAACAUGAGGGCCAUUGUCCCCUCCGGGAGAAGUGGUUUGGCACUCAAUACAGCGUGGAGGACGUCCAGCAGGAGUGGAUGGAUCGGUGGACCGGAAACCUGGAGCUCAGCAGUGAACUCACACUUCCUGUCGAAAACAAAUUCAUUGCCACUGACUUCACCCUGAAGCCGCCUGACCGCCCAGACACUGAGUUUCCUGUCCGGAUAGCCGAGAGCGACAGGGGCUGCCUGUGGUACAAGAAGGAUGACAAAUUCAAAAUCCCUAAAGCAUACAUCAGAUUCCACCUAAUCUCUCCUGUAAUCCAGCAAUCUGCCAAGAAUGUGGUGUUGUUUGACCUGCUGGUGAACAUCCUCGGUCACAAACUAGCCGAGCUGGCUUAUGAGGCUGAGGUGGCGCAGCUGGAGUAUAAACUGUCGUCCGGCGAACACGGCCUGGUCAUCAAGGUUAAAGGAUUCAACCACAAACUGCCUCUGCUGUUCCACCUGAUCAUUGACCACCUGGCUGAUUUCUCCGCCGCCCCUGAUGUCUUCAGCAUGUACAUGGAGCAGCUCAAGAAAGCCUACUUCAACAUCCUCAUUAAACCGGAGAAGCUCGGCAAAGAUGUGCGUUUGCUAAUCUUAGAAAACUCUCGCUGGUCCAUGGUGGAGAAGUAUCAGGCUCUAACAGCCGGUCUCACCAUCGAAGAGCUGAUGGAGUUCAGCCGUAGUUUAAAAUCGGAGCUGUACGCCGAGGGACUGGUGCAGGGCAACUUUAACAGCACUGAGUCGGAGCAGUUCCUGCAGUAUGUCACAGAUAAGCUGCAGUUCUCCAAGCUGCCAGCGGAGGUGCCGGUGAUGUUCAGAGUGGUGGAGCUCCCCAUGAAGCAGCACAUCUGUAAGGUCAAAUCUCUCAAUAAGGGAGACGCCAACUCUGAGAUCACCGUUUACUACCAGUCUGGCCUCAAGCACCUGAGGGAGCACACGCUGAUGGAGCUGCUGGUGAUGCACAUGGAGGAGCCCUGCUUUGACUUCCUCAGGACCAAAGAGACUCUCGGGUACCAUGUCUACCCGACCUGCAGGAACACCUCAGGUGUUCUGGGUUUCUCUGUCACCGUGGAAACACAAGCCACAAAGUUCAAUACGGAGCUGGUGGAGUCAAAGAUUGAAGAGUUUCUGGUUUCAUUUGGGGAGUUGCUCGAUGCGCUGACUGAGGAGGCCUUUAAAACGCAGGUGACCGCUUUAGUGAAGCUGAAGGAGUGUGAGGACACACACCUCGGGGAGGAGGUGGACAGGAACUGGGCCGAGGUGGUUACACAGCAGUUUGUCUUUGAUAGACUCAACAGAGAGAUCGCGGCUCUGAAGCAGAUGACCAGGGUGGAGCUGGCGUCCUGGUUCAAAGAACAUCGAGGGGAAACUAGCCGCAAGCUCAGCGUGCAUGUGGUGGGAUUUGGUGCUGAAGAGAACGAUUCGGAUGGUGGUGGUAAGAAACAAGAGGGAAAGAAGGGCAAAGAGGAUGAUGUGAGUGGCUCUACGUACGGCGAGGUGUCGAAGGUCACCUUCCUUCCUGCCUCGCCCAAGAUGGCGGGUACAGCUGCCAUCAUGGACAUCCCUGCUUUCACCGCAGGCCUGCCCCUCUUCCCCUACCACAAGAUACUGGAAUAAACUCUGCUCGGACUGUGAGACAGACAGAUGGCUGGGCUUCGCCACGUUCAGAGACUUAUUAGUGAUGCAGACACUUAAUAUGUGGAGGUGAAAGAAGGUUGAAACUCUGGACCGGGACUCUGGAGCCCAGCUGUAGUUUUUACCCACACUGUGUUUAGGCAAAAAGCCAAGAAGUGAUGGUGGUUUUCUUUUAGCUAAGUAAUAAUCUAUUCUGCUUUCUCAAACUCAAUUAUUUUAUAUCCUAAGACACCGAGUGUGUAGGGGCACUCUAUCUAUUUCUCCAUCCCACUCUGAUGGAAAAUAUUUUCAAUCAAAUUUUCAUUUAUUCGGUUCUCUGAGCUCUGCUGCCAUUACAACUCAGAAUCCCUGUCUUAACCGCUGUUUGUGUAGAAUUCCUGACUGAGUCUAAUACCCUUUUUAAAAAGACAAAUCAACUGUGAAACUGCAGAAAUGCUGAGUCCUUUGAACUCCAGAUGUGUGUGUUUGAGUGAUCGUGUGCUGGAUCUCAAGCUCUGCUGUGCCCUGCUGUUAUAAGCUGACCUGGAUCAUGCCAUGGUAUAAAAACUGCAAAGAGAAUAAAUCAAUGAGUGAUGAGUGAAUGAAUACAUUAACGUGCUCACUACAGAAAACACUUGAAUCUAUCAAGCAGAAAAAGUACACUGAAACUUGUGUAAAGACUCAUUUUAAUUGAAUCAUUUUCUUUAUCGAUGCAACAAUGCGAGGAAUUUAUCAACACUGUUUUGACAUUUUGUACAUUAACUUUUCUCUAAUUGCCAGUUUAUUUUACACUUCUGCCAUUUUUUUAUGCAAAUCUCAUUAAACAACGUCACAUAUU